UAAAAACAAAAAACAAACGAGUUUCAGCAAAAAAAAAAACUGCGAGGAAAUGAUCAACAAAUUAAUUCACGAAUAAAGCAAAAAUUGUGUUUGUGUUAAAAAAUGCCAAAUUUAUGCAUGAGCUAAGGAACUUUUAAUGCAAACAGGCUACAAAUAAGUUCGUUUUGGUGACUAAUUAGCAACUCGGAAUACUUUAAUGAAUCAAAAAUUAAAAUAAAAUCAACAACAAAUCUUAAUCAGCCACCAGCACCGCCCAGCAAGCAUCAGCUAAAUUCAAAUUAAGCAACAAACAGCACAACACACACGGCAGCCAGACAUUGUUGGGAUUUAUGAAAUCAAAAAGAUGAAGUCAAACACGUACGAGCUGCACAACUACGCCGACCUCAACAUGGACAGCAGCAGCCCCUCGAAGAAGGAUUCCCGCAAGCGUAAGGCGACGAGUGCCCGCGGCGAAAAGUAUUCCCUGCGCCAAAAGCGACAGAAGCGCAGCGCAUCCGUAGAUGAGGAGCUGCCCGACCUCGACCUGGAGCUGGAUGGCCUUGUGCCGGCGACGACAAGCAAAAGGCCAAAGAAGAACAACUCCGCGAGCAAGGCCAAGACGAAAGCACCGCCCCUGAGCAAGUAUCGCCGCAAGACGGCGAAUGCCAGGGAGCGGACACGCAUGCGGGAGAUCAACACUGCAUUUGAGACGCUGCGGCACAGCGUGCCCCAAGCCAUAACCAGCGAGGAUGCGGCAAAUGCCAGCGAGAAGCUGACCAAGAUCACAACGCUGCGUCUGGCCAUGAAGUACAUACAAAUGCUGAGCGAUUCCAUGGAGGAUCCCAGCUAUGAGCGGGAGUUCAUUGGCGAGUGUCUGGAGGAGAGCGCCAAUCGAGAGGCGCUGAUCAGCGUGGACACCGAACCAGAGCUGGAGGUGGAGCUGCCAGUGCCAGCAGCGGCAGCGGCAGCGGCAGCGAAGAAAACCGCCAAGUCCAAGGCGGCCAGCAAGAAGUCCGCGACAGCGGCCAGCAAACGGCAAACGCAGAAGCAAGCCAAGCAGGGGCAUCCCACACAGACGACAAUAUCAGCGAUGAGCUCGGGCGAGUCUUGCUAUGCUGCGUCGUCCAUAGGUUCGCCCGGGUCUUGUGCUGGCGCUGCUUGUUCGCCGAGCUCUGCCUACGCCUCGCUCUCGUCCUCCGCCUCGAACAUCAGCAGCAGCCAGCGCAGUCCCAGCAGCAGUCAGCGUAGCAGCAGCAGUCCCGUGCUCGAGCCCGAUGGCAGCCUAAUGGGUCUGCAGGGACUCAGCGAACUGGACACGCUGCUGCUCGAGUCUGAUGCGGAGUCCCUGCAGUGCCUGAGUCCCGGCUACGAGGGUCUGCUGAGCAGCGGCGAGUCCCUACUGCCGUGUCGCGGCGACAUGCCCCUGCCCGGCUGCCUGGACAAACCGGAUGUGGAGCUCAGUCUGCGCAUGCUUGAUGCGCAACACUCCACGGACUCCUUUGACUUUGCCAGCGAUCAGCAGCCGUCGGCGUGCAUCAGUGCGUUGGAUGCGCUGGAUGGCUGCUAUCCCUGGGGACCCGGCGACCUGCUGCACGGCGACUUCUCCGAUAUAUUUCUCACGUGAGGCGUGCCGCCGUCUACUACUACUAUCACACGGAGUAGCCACUGUUACACACUCGUUUUAAGACUCUAAAAGUUAGUUGUUUAAGUGCGAGAUUUCACUGUUAGCCAUUUAGCCAUGCGAACAAGCGGCGCACGGAAUUCAUUGUGUCAUAAGAAAAGAAAGCAGCCUUAAGUUGGUCAAGCUAGAAAAGUUUGAAAGAGAUGCACAUUUAUUUUUUAAUCUAUACUCCACAUACCCCACACCGAUCGAGCCCAACUAUUGAAUUUAGUGUACUAAGGAAAGCAUUUCUUUGUGAAGCAUUUCUCGUUAUCGUGUAUGUAAAUAAAAAGCACACAGUGACAAAAGCUCAA